AUGCCGGGAGAAAUCUGUCCUGCUGGUACUUUUGGAGAUUACUGUAUGAAGAACUGUACAUGUGUGGAUGGUGCUAACUGCAGUAACGUUGAUGGGAGCUGCAGUUGUGAGCCAGCAUUUGAGCGAGCAGUUUGUGACAGAAGCGAGGUUAAAGUCACAGCCAACCGCCCAUCUAACGAUACAAUAUCAAAGGGCAACGACUUUACACUAGCUUGUCAGGUAAAUCUCGCAGGGAUAGACCUGGAUGAGGUUGCCAGCUACAGAGAUAGUGACAAACUCCCGGAUACAACUGAUUUGGAAUACAGGGUAGACAGCAACCCUGACAUGGGAAUGUACUACAUCACCAUCCGGGGAGCCGGUGCAGAAGAUACAGGGGCCUACCGCUGCACUGCUGUGACAAAAGGAGAACGGUUUAUUUCAUCGAGCGAAGACAUUUUACUUGAUGUAGUCGUUCUUGGUAAAAUUGACGAUGACCUCAGCAGAUCUAAGGAUUAUGUCCAACUAAACGGAACGGCAAGUCUCAACUGUACCGUGUUCUCGAGCAGUGAAACAAGCAUAGCAUGGGAGCGGAAUGGGGUGCAACUAGUGGAUGGUAUGAACAGGACUAGCAUUGAACCAAGCCAAGAAAUGGAAACAGGAAGGACGUAUUUCUUCAGCGUGCUCAAGAUAUCUGACAUUACCCAAGAAGAAGAUGGAAUUUAUAAGUGCUUGGCUUUUAACGGAGCUGGGAUUAUGACUGACAGCGAGAUUUUUAAUAUCUUUGUCCAAGUUCGUCUUGUCAGUGGGUCUAACGACACUGAAGGGAGAGUAGAGGUCAUGUACAAUGGAUCAUGGGGAACUAUAUGUGAUACUCGGUGGGAUCUAAGAGACGCGAGGGUGGUUUGCAGAAUGUUGGGGUUUGAUGGAGCCUUGGGCGCACCGGGAUCUGCUACGUUUGGUCAGGGCUCUGGGUGUAUUCAUCUAUAUGAUGUUGGAUGUGAUGGAACCGAAGAUAACCUUGCAGUCUGCGCUCAUACAGGAAGUCAACGUUACUCUUGCAACCAUACAAGUGAUGCAGGCGUUGUUUGUUAUUCGGGAGACCCAUUUCAUGUUCGUCUUACCAAUGGAACCACCGAUUCAAAAGGCAGGGUGGAGGUUUUCAAUAAUGGACGAUGGGGAACUAUUUGUGAUAAUAACUGGGAUCUAAGAGACGCAAGGGUAGUUUGUAAAAUUCUUGGAUUUGACGGAGCUUUAGCAGCACCUGGUAGUGCUACGUUUGGUGCCGGAAGCGGUAAAAUCUUUGUUGAUGACGUUAGAUGUAAAGGCUCAGAAGACACCCUUGCUGAGUGCAACCAUCGAGGGCUUGGAGUCAAUAACUGUGACCAUGACAGUGAUGCUGAUCCAUUCCAGGUUCGUCUUGUCAAUGGAUCUAACGAUGCUGAAGGAAGAGUAGAGGUAAUGUACGAUGGAUCAUGGGGAACUAUAUGUGAUGACUGGUGGGAUCUAAAAGACGCGAAGGUAGUUUGCAGAAUGCUGGGGUUUAACGAAGCAUUGGCUGCACCUAUUUCUGCAAGGUUCGGUCAGGGACCUGGCCAAAUUCGACUUGUCAAUGGAGCCGAUGGAUAUGAAGGCCGAGUUGAGAUACUACACGAAGGGUCUUGGGGGACUGUAUGCGACGAUUUAUGGGACCUGGACGACGCUAAAGUUGUGUGUAGACAGUUGGAAUUUGAUGGGGCUUUAGCUGCUCUACCCCAAUCAAGAUUUGGUCAAGGCUCUGGUGAUAUCUUUCUGGAUGGUGUUCAGUGCAAUGGAACAGAAACCAACCUUAAAGACUGCAAGCAUAAGGGGAUAGGUGUUCAUUAUUGUUACCACAAGGAGGAUGCCAGUGUCAUAUGUAGACAUGGAGAUCCAUUUGAAAUUCGUCUUGUCGAUGGGUCUAACGACACUGAAGGAAUGAUAGAGAUCAUGUACGAUGGAUCCUGGGGAACUAUAUGUGAUAACACCUGGGAUAUGACAGACGCAAGGGUGGUUUGCAGAAUGCUUGGGUUUGAUGGAUCUUUGGGAGCACCGGUAUCUGCUAGUUUUGGUCAGGGCUCUGGUCGUAUUCUGCUAGAUUAUGUCAACUGUGAGGGAACAGAAGACAACCUUGCAGACUGUGAUCAUAGCGGAUUUGGAGAUUAUACUUGCCAAUAUUCUGGGAAUGAGAUGCCAGGCGUCAUUUGUUAUUCUGGAGAUCCAUUUCAAGUUCGUCGUGUCGGUGGGUCUAACGAUGCUGAAGGGAGAGUAGAGGUCAUGUACGAUGGAUCCUGGGGAACUAUCUGUGAUGACUGGUGGGAUGUGAAAGACGCGAAGGUGGUUUGUAGAAAGCUGGGGUUUGAUGGAGCCUUGGACGCACCGAGAUCUGCUAGGUUUGGUCAGGGCUAUGGUCGUAUUCUUCUAGCUUACGUCGAUUGUGAGGGAACAGAAGACUGCCUUGCAGAAUGCGCUCAUGACGGAGUUGGGAAUUAUACUUCAUGCGGACAUGCCAGGGAUGCAGGUGUCAUUUGUUAUUCUGGAGCUAGGGUGGUUUGCAGGAUGCUUGGGUUUGAUGGAGCCUUGGAACCACUGGGAUCUGCUAGGUCUGGUCAGGGCUUUGGUCGUAUUCUUCUCGAUUGGGUCGCGUGUGAUGGAACAGAAGACAACCUUGCAGAAUGCUUUCAUGGAGGAAUCGGACAUUAUACUUCAUGCGAAAUUCCCAGGGAUGCAGGUGUCAUUUGUUAUUCUGGAGCCCAUCCUCAGCCAUUUCAAGUUCGUCUUGUCGGUGGGUCUAACGAUGCUGAAGGCAGAGUAGAACUCAUGCAUGAUGGAUCCUGGGGAACUAUCUGUGAUGAUGACUGGGAUCUGAGAGACGCGAAGGUGGUUUGCAGAAUGCUGGGGUUUGAUGGAGCGUUGGACGCACCGGGAUCCGCUAGGUUUGGUCAGGGCUCUGGUCGUAUUCCGCUAAAGUAUGUCAACUGUGAGGGAACAGAAGACAACCUGGCAGACUGUGCUUAUGUAGGGAUUGAACGUGAUCCAUGCAGUCAUGCAAGGGAUGUAGGAGCCGUUUGCUACUCAGGAACCCAUCCAAUCCCAUUUCAAGUUCGUCUGAUUGUUGGAUCAAAUGACGCAGAAGGCAGGGUAGAAGUCUUGUAUGACGGAUCAUGGGGAACUAUAUGUGAUACCAAGUGGGAUCUAAGAGACGCGAGGGUGGUUUGCAGAAUGCUGGGGUUUGAUGGAGCCUUAGAAGCACCGGGAUCUGCUAGGUUUGGUCAAGGCUCUGGGCGAAUUCUUUUAAAUGAUGUUGGUUGUGAUGGAACAGAAGAUAACCUUGCAGUCUGCGCUCAUGCAGGGAUUCAACGUUACUCUUGCAGCCAUACAAGUGAUGCAGGCGCUGUUUGUUAUUCGGGAGCCGCACCUGGUAGUGCUACGUUUGGUGCCGGAAGCGGAAAAAUCUUGUUUGAUGACGUUGGAUGCAAGGGUACAGAAGACACCCUUGCUGAGUGCUACCAUCGAGGGCUUGGAGUCAACAACUGUAAACAUGACAGUGAUGCUGGUGUCUUUUGUUUUAAAGAAGAAUGCUGGGGUUUAACGACGCAAUGGCUGCACCUAUUUCUUCAAGGUUUGGUCAAGGACCUGGCCAAAGCCUUCUUACAUAUGUUGUUUGUGGGGGAACAGAAGAUCACUUGGCCGAUUGUUUUCACGCAGGUGUAG